CAAAAUAUCGACGCAGAGUUCAACACGUUUUGUUGUGUUUCGCGUGUUUGGGCGAGCAAUUUUUGUGGAGUUUUAGCAAACAAAAACGAUGAGUGAUUCCGAAUCCGAUACCGGCGAUGUGGAGAAAGGCAUCGAGCAUUUCAACGGUCCGGUGGAAAAUGCGUGGCUGAUGAAAAUUCCCGAAUUCAAACCAGAAGACAACCCGAACGGUCUCGUGGAGGAGAGCUCGUUUUCCUGCCUGUUUCCAAAGUACCGAGAGAAGUACAUCAAAGAAUGUUGGCCGCUGGUCGUGAAGGCGCUGAAUACACACAACGUUAAGGCCGAGCUGGACCUGAUCCUGGGCAACAUGACCGUACGGACCACGCGCAAAACGUGGGACCCGUUCAUCAUCGUAAAAUCGCGCGACCUCAUCAAACUGCUGUCCCGGUCCGUACCGUUUGAACAGGCGGUCAAAGUACUGGAGGACGAGAUUAGCUGCGAUAUCAUUAAAAUUAAAAACCUCGUACGCAACAAGGAAAAGUUUGUCAAGCGUCGCAGUCGACUCAUUGGACCGAACGGCUGCACGUUGAAAUCGCUCGAACUGCUCACGAACUGCUACGUGCUGGUGCAAGGGGCCACCGUGUCGGCGAUCGGCCCCUACAAGGGCCUGCAGUGUGUCCGCAAGGUGGUAGAAGAAACGAUGAAAAACAUCCAUCCGAUCUACAACAUCAAAGCGCUCAUGAUAAAGCGCGAGCUGAUGAAGGAUGAGAAUCUGCGCGAGGAAAACUGGGAACGGUUCCUGCCGCGCUUCCAGGCGAAGAACACCUCCAAGCGGAACAAACCGAAGGUGGUCAAGAAGAAGAAGGAAUACACACCGUUCCCGCCACCGAUGCAGGAAAGCAAGAUCGACAAACAGCUGGCUUCCGGCGAAUACUUCCUUACCGAUGAGCAGAAGCGGUCCAAGAAGCGGCAGGAGGAGGUGGACAAGGAGAAGCGGAAUGUGGCCGUGCAGAAGCAGCGUCGCGAGCAGGACUUUGUCGCACCGGAAGAACCGAGCAAACGGUCGAAGAGUGGACAGAGCAUAUCCGAGAAGCUGGACGUAAAAUCGUUGAAAAGCAAAAUUGCCAAGGCCAACAAGCGGGCGACAAAAUCGAAAUGAGAGCGCGCUUAGCAAAGUAACAAAAAGUGAAUAAACCAGUUUACUGUACAUUCUUCUCAUGGCUACAAAA